AGUGCGCAGGAGACCGCGGUCCGCGCCCGGGCGCGCCCGAGCCGGAGCCGGGCCGGGGUCGGCGCACUUGGCGGAUGCGUCCGGCGGUGAGCGCCAGUGCAGGAGUCCGAGCAGCGGCCGCCGCCAGCGCGGCGGGGAUGCCCGGACGCCGGGCCCCGGGGCUGGGCCCCCGGCGGUAACCGGAGCGGGGGGGCCGCGCCCCCCCUCCCCCCGCUCGCCGGUCCCAGAGCCGCAGCUGCUGCGCCCGCGCGCUCCCGGGGACAUUCUACCCGCCGCGCGGGUCCCGCCGCCUCUCGCCCCGCUGUCAGGACCGGCGGCCGGGAGCGGGGCGCAGCGCAACCAUGGGGACGCUGCUGGCCUUGGUGGUCAGCGCCACACUGGUGUCCUCAGCCUGGGGGGGCUGCGUGGAGGUGGACUCGGAGACCGAGGCUGUGUAUGGGAUGACCUUCAAAAUCCUGUGCAUCUCCUGCAAGCGCCGCAGUGAGACCACGGCCGAGACCUUCACGGAAUGGACCUUCCGACAGAAGGGCACUGAGGAGUUUGUCAAGAUCCUGCGUUAUGAGAACGAGGUGCUGCAGCUGGAGGAGGAUGAGCGCUUCGAGGGCCGUGUGGUGUGGAACGGCAGCCGCGGCACUAAGGACCUGCAAGACCUGUCCAUCUUCAUCACCAAUGUCACCUACAACCACUCGGGCGACUACGAGUGCCACGUCUACCGCCUCCUCUUCUUCGAUAACUACGAGCACAACACCAGCGUCGUCAAAAAGAUCCACCUGGAGGUGGUGGACAAAGCCAACAGGGACAUGGCGUCCAUCGUGUCGGAGAUCAUGAUGUAUGUGCUCAUCGUGGUGUUGACCAUCUGGCUGGUGGCGGAGAUGGUUUACUGUUACAAGAAGAUCGCUGCUGCUACAGAGGCUGCUGCGCAGGAGAACGCCUCGGAAUACCUGGCCAUCACCUCAGAAAGCAAAGAAAAUUGCACGGGUGUCCAAGUGGCUGAAUAGCCCAGACCCUGGGCUCUGCCUCAAGGAUGAGCCAGCCACAAGCGUUCAGGCUCGGCCCAGCCCCCUGGCAGGGGAGCGGCCACUCCCGGGCAUCACCUGCCUCAGAGUCCUGUCCACAGAGCCGCCAGGGUGGGAGGGGGUGGGGGGCUAGGCUGGCACCACUCCGCCAACCUUCCUCCUCCUGCCCCAUCGCCCACCCACCGCCAUGCAUGAUGGGUAAAAGCAAUACUGCCGCUGCCCCCACCCCCGCUUCUGCUGCCUGUUUGGGGAGGGGGGCGGUGAGGCGGGGGCAGCGGCUCCGCACCCCUCCUUGCUGAUUUGCACACAUUGGCCGCUUCAGACAUGCACUUCUGGAGCCAGCCGCUCCCUGCCCUGUCCCCUGUCUGGCAAAGGGUUGGCGGGGGGGGGAGGGCGUCAUGACGGGCUGGGACGGUUUGGGGUAGGGGGUCCUGGGACCCACCCCGACCCCCAGCAUUCCCAUUUCCCCUCCCACUUCCUCUGGCUGGACCUGGGGCCCCCUCCCUGUGAUGCACCUGCUGCCCUCUCUCACCAGCCUUGGAUUGUGGCCACUUAGAAAGGGCCUCGUCUCUCUUUACAGAAGUAGUUUUGUUCGUUAAUAAAGAUUCUUGGACUUGA